CGCAUACAUCGGGUAUUUGAAGAACAGGAAACAACCCGUUCAACAGCUCAAAAGCGUAAAGAAACGUGAAAAUUGUGAACACUACCGAAACAUCCGAAUACUUCUACAUCGGCAGAUAACAGAGACAGAAACCACAACGAACAUUUGUUUUCAAAUAAAGUAAUUUUAGAAGUGCUGCUGAGAAACAAAUUGUUUGGCUAGCCUGGGUGCGAGGCAAGGGUUGUGUUUGAAUCUCCGUCUCGAGGGAGGCGCCCUCCUUUUAGCUUGUGCAUGUUGUUGCAUUUUAUCUUUUUUACUUUUACACAUUUUUGGGAAUCGGCUUGAAGAUGGGGUGUACUCUGAGCACGGGUGAUAAGGCGGCGCAGGAGCGCAGUAAAAUUAUCGACAGGAAUUUACGGGACGACGGGGAAAAAGCAGCACGGGAGGUCAAGCUGCUUCUGCUCGGUGCUGGGGAGUCAGGAAAGAGUACCAUUGUCAAACAGAUGAAGAUCAUCCAUGAGGCGGGCUAUUCAGAGGAGGAGUGUAAGCAGUACAAGGCGGUGGUGUACAGCAACACGAUCCAGUCAAUCAUCGCCAUCAUCAGAGCCAUGGGGCGCCUCAAGAUCGACUUCGCCGAAGCAGCCAGAGCGGAUGAUGCUCGUCAGCUGUUUGUGCUGGCGGGAUCGGCAGAGGAGGGCUUCAUGACCGGUGAGCUGGCCGGAGUCAUCCAGCGCCUCUGGAAGGACAGGGGGGUCCAGGCCUGCUUCGGCCGCUCACGAGAGUACCAGCUCAACGACUCAGCCGCCUAUUAUCUGAAUGACCUGGACAGGAUAGCCCACGGAGCAUACGUGCCCACCCAGCAGGACGUGCUGAGGACCAGGGUGAAGACCACCGGCAUCGUGGAGACUCAUUUCACCUUCAAAGAUCUCCACUUCAAGAUGUUUGACGUGGGGGGUCAGAGGUCUGAGAGGAAGAAGUGGAUCCACUGUUUUGAGGGAGUCACCGCCAUCAUCUUCUGUGUGGCGCUCAGUGACUACGACCUGGUGCUGGCCGAGGACGAGGAGAUGAACCGGAUGCAUGAGAGCAUGAAGCUGUUUGACUCCAUCUGCAACAACAAGUGGUUCACAGACACCUCCAUCAUCCUCUUCCUUAACAAGAAGGAUCUGUUCGAGGAGAAGAUCCAAAAGAGUCCUCUCACUAUCUGUUACCCGGAGUACGCAGGCUCCAACACGUACGAGGAGGCUGCAGCCUACAUCCAGUGUCAGUUUGAGGACCUGAACAAGAGGAAGGACACCAAGGAGAUCUACACCCACUUCACCUGCGCCACCGACACCAAGAAUGUGCAGUUUGUCUUCGACGCAGUCACCGACGUCAUCAUCAAGAACAACCUGAAGGACUGUGGCCUCUUCUAGGGCAAUGUGGUGGCCAGCGUGUGCUCAGUGACUUUUCUUGGGGACGUCUGUGGCUGGAGGGGGUCGGAUGAUGGACACUUUGUAGAGAACAUCAAUUUUAACCUCUUAACUUAUGUUCAUCUCAAAAAGUUUUUAAAAUGCCAUGUAGAAAAACGUUUGUGUAAAAUAUUUGUACAACUGUCACUAUGGCUGGAGUUUUUCACUGUUUUUGUUUUAACCAGUCAAGUUAUAAAAAAUUAAAAGGGGGGGGGGCCUUUGCAUUCCUUUCUUGGAAUGGACACUAAUUUCUUCUGUUUGUAGGUACUUGCGAAUUAGUUGCAGUUUUUGGGGCUAAAUGGUAGAUGUUAUAAUUGAAUAC